AUGAACCCAAGGGGGACAACUGGACGCGCCAACUAUGUCAAACUUUACGCCGCGACAAACAUCAUUCGCGCAGUAGCCAUGUUCGGGAUACACCUCGGUCGAGCAGUUGGAUAUCUUGAUCCCAUCGAGCCACCACACGAGACGCUCGUCGUCCCUUCAACCAGAGGCAACCGCACCAUCCAGAUUCGCGUCUAUAGAAACAAGGCUGCUCAAGAACUCACAACUGGCCUCUCUGCGGUCCAUUUCAACUGGCACGGUAAGAACCAUCAUUCCAAUUGGCUAGGCUACCAGCUGAAGAUCCCAGGCUCGGGGUGGAUUCUCCCCCUCCAAGGUCAGAAUGGAGCGCUCAUUCGCGCUAUAAUGAGCAGCCCACUUCUGAAUGACAGGGAGUACCCAGUGACGUUUCUCGACUGCUCUUAUGCGCUCUCCCCGGAACACCCAUCACCAGCCGACGCAGAGGAUGGACGAGAUGCAUACGACUAUGUCGUCCAACACGCCGAAGAGCUUCGUGUUGAUCUUGACCGUAUUACAUUCUCAGGAUUUAGUGCAGGUGGAACUGUUGGACUUGGGUUGGCGGUCAAGUUGUGCGCAGAGCAGCGCGAAGCCCAUAUAACGUCCAACUCUACAGAACCAUUUACCACAUUUCCAGUCAAGGGGAUGACUGUACUCUACCCCGUCGUGACUUGGUUAGGCGAACGGGUCAAAGUUCCACAACCGUGGGUGAAGACAUGGCCGGGCACGGGGAACCCAGAGUUUGUAGACGAUAUGAUCAUUGCCUCCCACUUCUUUUCUCCAACGCUUUCUUCUGGCCUGACACCCGAACAGGAGGAGCAACGCAAGGACGAGCUACGACGACGGCCAGAGAUAUCACCUGCUUGCGCUAAGACGGAAGAUUUUCCACCUAUAUUCAACCUGUAUACUGCGGAGUAUGAUCAUCUACAUCUGAGGGCCGAAGAACUGAGACGACGGCUUGUGGCGGAGGGAAAAGAAGUUGGCGGGCGGAUCGUUAAGGGCGUUGGACACGGAUGGGAUCUCGAAGUCAUGAAGGGCCAAGUUGGAUACGAAGACAGAAUCGAUGCAUACGAAGAUACGAUUCGCAUGAUUGCCCAAGUUGGAGGGAUAAUAGGAUGA